GCUUAUCUCAGAAGAGUGAACAGAACUUCAGAGUGACGUGUGGAAAAAUCAGCUGAAGAGAGGAUUUUUUUUUCUCUGGUCAAUUUCAGAUCCUGAGACGAGAAUGUCGACUGCCUUACCCAUGAAUUCUUUUGUCAUUCAGCUGCAACCACCAAUACAAACAACAGCAGUUGGGACUGCCACAAAUGCUCCUGCGCCUGUUUAUGUCCAACAGCUAGCAGGACUUUCACCUCUUCAUGGACUUCAGGCAUUUCUGACAGGCCAACCAAAAGCUCUUGGGACUGUCCAGAUAAUGAUUGGUCUAAUGACUCUCCUGUUUGGCAUUGUGUCAACAUUUUAUGCAGAAUCCAUCUUCAUCUAUAGUGGUAUUCCUUACUGGGGAUCUCUCAUUUACAUUAUUGCAGGCUCACUCUGCAUUGCUGCAGAAAACAAACUUAAUUCACCGUCCAGUUUGUGUUUGGUGAAUGGUUCGCUUGGAAUGAACAUUUUCAGUGCUUUAACCGCAGGCAUUGCCCUUAUUUUAACCUCACUGGAUUUGGCUCUAGGACCAUUCAACAUUUACCCUUACUGCAACAAUUCUGAAUGUUAUUAUGUUAUGGGAAAAUAUAAGACUCUCUUUAAGGGAAUCAGUGGUGUUUUGCUGGUAUUCACCUUCCUUCAGUUUAUCAUCUCCAUCUGUUUAUCAGCAUUUGCUUGUAAGGUCUCCUGUUGCUGUUGUCCUCCUCAGGUGCCAUUUGUUCCUCAAGUUUUAAAUCCACAGCCCCCUGAUUUCAGGCCCAAUCAUUUCCAUGAACUUAACAGCUCAGAGAUACCUGUGGUCAGCAGCUCUGCCAUGAACCACCAUCAUGCAGAAACUCUCCCACAAUAUAGUGAAUGUAAAUAAAUAUUAACUAAAAAAAAAAAAAAGGGGGCAAAGUUUGGUCCUGCAGUUGUGUGUGAUGCUUUCGUGGGACACAUGGGUUUUCCAAUUAUUUCCUGUCCAUUAUCUUUAAUGUUCUUUUAUUAUUUUAUCAGAUAAUAUUUUUUUUAAUGACAUUUGUAAACAAAAAAAUAUUAAAGACUACAUGCUAUUUCAUGACUUUCUUUCUUUUAUUAAGUCAAGAAAGUUCCAUAAUCAUCAGUGAAACUGGAUAGAUUGUUUUGAACAACUAUAAUUGCUUAAUAACAAUCUGUAAGAAUAAAAUAUGCAAAAUGAAAAAUUGCUUAUUCAUGUCUUAAUUAAAACAGAAAAAAUAGUGUUUCUUAUACAAAGGUGAUGAAACAGUAUCAUUCACUCCUCAAAAAAACCUUACUUUUUUGCUUUAACAAUGGUAAACAGAUAUAAACAUACAUAUAAACAAGAUUAUGUUUGUAAUAAAGCAAGCAACAUCAGCUUGCUUGGGGUUUAGUGAGUGUCCGUAAAAGAUGUAAAAUGCUGGCUCAGCCCGCAGCUACACUCUGGUGCAAGGUGUAGUUUUUAUUUACAGUGCCAGUAACCUACAGUCAGGUAUGGACCAAUGACAAUUUCUGCUUUUUCAAGAAUGUUACUCUGCAAAGGAAAGAAAAGGCCCAUGAUAAGCUGUCCCCUGGAGAAGCAGCAAUUUUAAAGAGGGACAUACCGGCGAAAAGCUGAGUAAAAACCGUGGUGGGCAGCCAUGGAAAGGGGAGCAGGUGAGAUAAUGAAAAAAGGUUGGCAACCUUAAGACAAGAGAGAGCAUGGGUGUCUCAGGGCUGUGUAAGUGCAGAGAUCGCAAGAAACGAGGAAGGGGCGUAGCAGGGGUUUUAUGUGCUUGGUUAAGGGGCACUCCUUUACCUGCCAUUGGAAAUGUAAAUUCACGUCUGUACAGUUUGUGUUGCUAUCCAGCCAGCCCAAAGUGGUCUUCCACCUUCUUGCUCCUUUCCAGUCCUGUUCGUAAUGCUAAUUUGUGGUGGCUUCUGCCGCUGCUCUGAGAAAUCUCUCUCAAAGACUUGAGGUUUUGAUGCCAGAAGAUAGACUUUAUUAUCAGAGAUAAUGAAUCCGAGAUACUCUGCAGAGAAUCUGUUGAGUAUGUGUCCGCACACUCUUUAUAUAGGUUUCCAUAAACAAUACGUAUCAUUCAGGUCCCUAUUGCUAGUCU